AUGCGUCCUGACCUCCGCUACGAGGGAAGUUCUAGAGGAAGUCCACGGUGGCAUGUGCGGCACCAGUUCACCUCUGUAGAACACCCACAAGCCAACAGACAAGCGGAAGCCGCCAACAAAGUCAUAUUGGCCCGGCUAAAACGGAGACUGUCGGAUGCUAAAGGAGGUUGGGCCGAAGAGUUCCCGCAAGUCCUAUGGGCAUACCGGAUAACACCACACUCCACCACUGGGGAAUCACCUUUCCGACUUACUUACGGAAUGAAGGCAAUGAUUCCCAUAGAAGUAGAAGAAGGAUCUCCCAGAGUGAUCCUCUACAACGAAGAUACCAACUCCCAAGCUCAAAGGGAAGAGCUCGACAUACUUCCAGAAGUUCGAGAAAGAGUUCGGAUUAGAGAGGAAGCGGUAAAGCGUUGA